AUGAGAUCCCUUCUCCUCUUGGCACUUGUGAGUGCGUCGGCGUACGCGAGUUUCGACAAGAUCAAGGAUUCUAUUCAAAACCCAUUGGCACGUGGAUUUGGUGACGAUAUUGCGUGGGUCAAGUGGGAAGAUGCAAUUGAGACUGCUUUGGAUACUGAUAAGCCAAUCUUCUUGUUGAUCCACAAGUCUUGGUGCCAUGCUUGCAAAGCUCUCAAGAAGACCUUCCAACAAUCCAACGCCAAGAAAGCCUUCAAAAAGCUCUCAGAGCACUUUGUAAUGGUUAACACCGAAGACGACGACGAGCCAUUCGAGGAGGAGUACCGUCCAGACGGAAAGUACAUUCCACGUCUGCUUUUCCUCGACAAAAAUGGAGAUCUUCUUCAAGAAUUCAAAAAUAAGAAGGCCGAAUACAAAAAUUACGCGUAUUACUACUCAUCACCAGCUGAUAUCCUUAACUCUAUGAAGGAUGUGCUUAAACAUUUUGGAGUUGACAUUCCAGAGGCUAAGAGAGGUGAUAAGCUUAAGCCAAAGAAGCCAGAGGGAAAGAAGAAGGAAUUGUAAGAAUAGAGAUUGUUUUAUUGAUUUAUUGAUUGAUUUUCAGCUAAUUUAUUUCUUAUCAUUUCUUUGCCAAUCUUGUUAACUAUUAUUAAUUAUUAUCACGAAUAAACUGGUUC